AUGAGAAAAGCGCUAUGUACGAUUAUUGGCAUUUGUUCAUGCUCUUUAUUCGCUGUUCAUGCUGAACGAGUUCAGUGCGGUGGCGUAAUAUCACCAGAAACAAGGCGGCAUGUAAAUACAUAUGUAUGUCCGACAAAACUUCAUCGUGAAACGGAGAAUCAAUGCUGCAAUCCGCCUAAAAUUAAUUGCUGCCGUGAACCGACAUUUCUCGAGAAUCAUUUAUCAGCAGUAUUAUCUACAAUAUUGAUUGUUACUUUUGCCUUACUAACAAUACUCAUCAUAGUUUGUCUCUGCUGGGAGAAGUGCUUUCUGCACAAAAUCAUCCGAAGGAAGCCGACGCUUGAUUAUAUCGCUCGACCAGAAGAGACAGAACAGUUGAAUGGUUUGAGCUUAGCACAUGAAUAUUCUAGUGGAAGGAAUGUCUACGAAGUGAAUACAGGUAUCGCCAAUGAACUCAACAAAGAUCUUUUAUGA